AUGAAACAGAACAAGCAGAUGAAUUUGUCACAAUCCAUGGCGACCACAAUGCCAAAAAAGAUGUCCUUAGAUGGCGCAGCAGAUACCAAUUCAGGUGACUCACUCUCCUUCACAAGCCUUGUAUGUGUUCAAGACCAGUACUUGAAGUCUCUGUCAGGACAUGUACUCCCACCACCGCUCAAGAAUGCCACCCGAACUCGGAAGGAAGACAUAGAAUUCGAAUUUGGUCAUUCUCCAGCAGGCUCAAUUGCCGAGAGUCUUGACAAGCAUUCCGUGGCCGAUGUAUUGUUCUCCAAUGGCCAGAUUUUACCACAACAAAUCCUCUUUCAAGUGAACCAAUCUCAAGUGUUUGGGCAUGCCAGUGCCAAAGGAUUGUCGCCACCAACUCACUGCAGUAGCAGGAGAACAACAGGCAAUGAGUCAGGCCUCAGCCUAUCAGCAAAGAAACCAAACUCUGAAGUGAGAAACAAAGCAAACAAGAAGCAAUCUUUUGGUCAGAUGUCAAGCCAUGUACUCCCACUACCUCCUAUUAGACAUGUCAGCCGAAUUCAGAAAGAAGACCCAGAAUGCGAGUUUGGUCAUGGUCCACCAGGCUCACUUGCUGACAGUCUUAACAAGAAUUCCAAGGCUGAUGCAGUGUUCUCCGGUGGCCACCUCUUACAACAAGGGGUUCUCUUUCGAUCAAAUCAAUCUCAGGUUUUUGGGCAUAUCAAUUCCAAAAACUUGUUACCAUCAGCUCACGGCACUAGCAGGAGAACAAGUGACAAUGAGUUGGCCCUCAGUAGAUCAGCUAAAAAACCAAACACUGAAAUGAGAACAAAAGCAAAUAAGGAAGGAGCCACAGGGAGCCAGUGGUUUGGUCAGAAAAUUUUCCGGUCACUUACACAUCCAUGCAGAGACUGUCGUGCCAUCCAGCCAACCCAUUCGAUGAAAGAACGCAAGUAGCCUUCAGCCAACCCCGUCGAUGGAAGGAC